AUGUCGCUCUGGUCGCUUUCGGCCGAGGCGGGGCCUUCGCGCCCAACCCAGGCUCCGCUUUCGCCCACAAAGAUGCCCGUGGCCAACAAGCACGAGUCGCACGUGCCAACGUUUCUGGUCAGAUCCGCAACGGAACACGAUCUGUACCAUGCCGAGCGCAAGUCGCUCCACACUUUUGCGUAUGGAGGCCUUGCGCAGUCGGCGCCGUCAGCUGAGGCCUCCAAUGGCAUCUCUCCGCCGCCGUUUUAUCGCGCCACCUUUUCGAACCCGUCGUCUUCGUCCGUCUCCUCGGGUGGUCAUCCCAUAUCGCCGUCGCAUCGCACAUCCUUCAGCUCGGUGUCCGUCUCAGAGUUCGGCGGGUCCGCCAUGAGUGAUCGGCUCAGCUGGGGACGCAGCUUCAAGAGGCAGAGCAAACGCGCAUCGCACGACGCCAAGUUCGCCUCCAGCAGCCGACUACGCUCCCACACAGAGGGAUCCCAGUUCAGCCUCCCCAAUAGCGGCGAUAUCUUUCUCUACUCCAGCCACAACAUCCAAGCGUCCGCCUCGGACAAGACGAUCCAGCCGCGGUACUCGCACCAGCGUCGCAAGUCAGACGGGCCGCAGAGGUCCAGAUUCGACACUGGCGAAAUGAGCCUGCCGAGUCGCAGCCACCGUCUGCCGCGCUCGCAGUCGUCGAAUGCCCUCUCCCAUGCCUUCUGGGAUGCGCGCGGCUCCAAGCAUCAGCCCAAGCCAACCACUCAUGGUCUCAGCCUCGUCAAGGACGAAGACGAGGACGGCCCCGCUACCGUCCCCCGCGUCGCUAGCAUUCCCAGCUCUCCUCUGCGCGAGUCGCAGACCUUUGAUGCUGCCGAUCGCCUCGCCAUGAUGGCCUCCAGCUCGCCGUCAAAGGCGCUGCGCAGAAGGUCGGGCGAGGUGGUGAGUGGCGCUGCUCGUUCGGCGGCCCAGGCUACCAAAAGGAGCCUGCGCGUCAUACGCAGAGCAGGUAGCUUCGACGUAGCCUCCAAGACGUCGACGGCCAACACUCGUUCACGAUCCAACUCGUCCUCGUCGCUUCUUACCAGUCUGGGGCUCGUGUCCAUGCGACACCAGCGAUCCCAGACGCUGCACGAGCUAGACACGCCGUUUAAACGCGAGCGCAACGCUGCCGCAACCGAGCCGCCCGCUUCGCUGUCGCUCCCUGCAUCCGCACCUCACUCGCCAAGACUGCAUGGGCUUGGACUGAGUGCGGAUAGCAAUAGAGCCUCGGCUUGGCGCUUCUCGCAAAUCACAGAAGCCGAUGAGAACAUCUCGUUUUCGAAAGACCUCCCUCAUCUUGCCCAAGAAACGGGAUCGACGCCUUCGUCGGAAAGCGACCAGGGUCUGCAGUUGCACCACUCCAAUUCGUCGGGCGGGUCAGUGCCAGAUGCAAGAUCCAUCACGCCGCCAAAGAGAGACGGCCAUCUCGAGGCGCAGGCUCGGUCGCCGACGCGGUCGGAACGAGAGCGUCGUCAGGGGCUCGCCAAACGCUCGUAUGCGGCGCUGAUCGAUCUGCUGAAUCCAGCGUUGCACAAGGAGACGAGGCCCAUCGGUCGUGGACGUCAACACUCGCUCAACGCCGCCAGCGUCGAGCACACCGUUGCGCACGGGGACGAUGGCGGCAGGUCCAUUUCCGCAGGCGGCAACUCGAGCAACGGCGCAGGCAGAGCGCGUGGCGGCAGUGCCAGUCGAUCCAACGGUGCUCAGGAAGGGUUCGACGCCUACCGAGGCGGCAAUGCGGGCGGUGGUGGCGGUGCAGGAAGCGGCCCGGGCGGUGCAGGAGGUGGCGGCCCGCCGGAUCGCAGAGGUCCCGGACGCGGUGGCGGCAGCAACGGUGCAUCCAAGAUCUCGGCGCCCGUCAACUCGGUGUAUCGCCGGCUGGAGCUCGUGGGCAGGGGAGCGUACGGCGCAGUCUACCGAGGUGUGCACGUCGAGAGCGGCGCAGCGGUUGCGCUCAAAGUGGUGAAUCUGGACACGCCCGACGACGAUGUGAGCGACAUCCAGCGCGAAGUGACGCUGCUGAGCCAGCUGCGCGAGGCGACGCAGCGCAACGUGGUGCGCUACUGGGGCUGCUGGCUCAAGGGCCCGGAGCUCUGGAUCGUCAUGGAUUUUGCCGAUGGCGGCAGCGUGCGUACGCUCAUGAAGGCCGGACCCAUCGCGGAGCGGUACUGCGCGAUCAUCGUGCGCGAGACGCUGGUGGCGCUCAACUACCUCCACAAGUGCGGGAUCAUCCAUCGCGACAUCAAGGCGGCCAACAUCCUGCUGACGAGCACGGGCAAGAUUCUGCUGUGCGACUUCGGCGUGGCGGCAUCGCUGGCGUCGAGCAGCCACAGCAAGCGCAGCACGUUUGUGGGCACGCCGUACUGGAUGGCACCCGAAGUGAUCACCGAAGGCAAGACGUACGACCAGAAGGCCGACGUAUGGAGUCUGGGCAUUACGAUCUACGAGAUGGCUACGGGCAAUCCGCCACUGGCAGACGUAGAGCAGAUGCGGGUGAUCAUGCUCAUCCCCAAGAGCAAGCCGCCUCGUCUACCGGAGGGCGGGGAUUUUUCGCCGGCGAUGCGCGACUUUGUGGCGGCGUGUUUGAACGAGGAGCCCAAGGAGCGAGCGACGUCCGAGGAGCUGAACAAGCUCAAGUGGAUCAAGACGCAUGCCAAGACGCCCGUGGGGGUGCUCAAGGAGCUCAUCCAGGCGUACAAUGCGUGGACCAAGGCGGGCGGGAUGCGGAUGAGCCUCAUCGGUGCCGAGACGGCCGAUUGGGGCGAGGCGGGCAAUCGCGACUCGUUUGCCUUUGACGGCCGCGAGACGGGCGAAGGGUGGGAGUUCAAUACGCUCCGCGGCGCGCGCGAGUGGGACGACGACGAGGCCGACGAAGUGCCGGCUCAGAUUCCGAUUCGUGACCAUCCGCUGCUGCGCCUGUUUGAGGUGGAUGCACCUGAUGGGGCUGCGGGUGGUCAGCGCGGCGUGCAGGUGGAACACAACACGUGGCGCCCAGUUAAUGCUACUGCGGCUGUGGCUCCGGGUGGGACGGUGCGUGCUGCACCUGCAGCGCCAGCAGCGCCAGUUGUGCCGGUGGAAGCGCCAACGGCUGCUGGGGUUUCGACGAUCAAGGCGGGGGUGGGUGGGGCGGAGAAGGCGAGUUUCACGGGGACGGGGAAUACGCCUUUUCGAUUCGGAGUUGGUGGGGGUCUACCGUCUGGGGUCGAGGCAGGGGAGGUGCGGGAAGUGCCGCUGCGCAAGCGGUCGCAAUCGCUCACCAAGCCCAGCACGAACUCUGCGGAUGGGAACGUCAUUCCCGACUCUAGGUCGUUGCUCGACCUCGAGGCAGGAGCGUGCAAGCUGCAAGGUGGUGAUGAGCACGUUGCGCAUCAUCGGCAAUCGCACGGGGGGAGUGAUCCGAUUUCGGGCGCUGCCUCACCCGCGCGACUGCAGAGUCUCUACGAGCGCGGUGCCAACGCGCAAGCCUACAGCCGCAUUGCUCGACUGCGUGCUGGCUAUGUGGCCAGCCUGGAAAGCGAGCCCCAAGUGCAAGUGCAAGUCGAGGCGACAACACCCACGGUGCCGAGAGAGGUCAAGGUGGCGUGGGAGAGGAGGCUCGAGGGUCCACCGUUGCGGCCGCUGGAUUUUGCAGCGCUGCGAACCAAGGACGAGGUGGCGGCGUGUCUGGGCAGGACCGUGGAUGAGCUGGGCAAGUGGCUGGAUGUGAUGAGUCUGGGACUGGGCAGAGCGGUGCAUGCAGAGCCGGCGACCUAG